AGGUGGAGCUGUGGGGGACAAAGAGAGGGACCACACAGCUGCAAGUUCCUCAAGCUCAGUUAACUCUCUGAAGAGACUCGCACCACACGACACGAUGCUGCUCUAGAAAGCACGUUUCUCACAUCUCUGCGAUCUUUUUAAGGCGUGACCGUCAAGGAAAGCCAUCGGAUGAUGAUCUGCGUGGAUCUGGAGGACAGUGAAUGAAGUACAUAGACGGGAGGAGGCGUAAGAAAAAGACACGAGAGCAACAUCGUGCUUUCCUUCGCGUAUAACGUUUCGCAGGAUUUUGUUACAUUGUUGCAAACACAUUGCGUAUCAGAGGAUCCGGAUUUAUUGAGAGCUUUGUUGUUUUAUAGACAUGAAGAAGAACAAUUCGGCAAAGCGGGGCCCUCAGGACGCCAAUCAACAGCAUGCGCAGCCUGAAAAAACUGGGUGGAUUCGCAAGUUUUGUGGCAGAGGGAUUUUCAGGGAAAUUUGGAAAAACAGAUAUGUUGUGUUGAAAGGAGACCAGCUGUACAUUUCUGAAAAAGAGGUUAAAGAUGAGAAGAAAAUCCAGGAGGUGGUGGACCUCACAGACUAUGAGAAGUCUGAGGAACUUCGCAAGGCCAAGAGCAGAAGCAAAAAAAACCACAGCAAGUUUACACUCCUGCGGUGCCGGCAACCAGGAAACACGGUCCCAAAUCUGGUGUUUCUGGCUGUCAGUCCGGAAGAGAAGGAAUCAUGGAUCACUGCUUUAAAUGGAGCGAUCACCAGGUCCAAAAAUCGCAUUUUGGAUGAGGUGACGGUGGAAGAGGACAGCUUGUUGGCCCAUCCGACGCGUGACAGAGCUAAGAUCCCCCACACUCGCCGCCUGCCCACCCGUGGACACCUCAUGGCUGUGGCUUCCACCACCAACUCAGAUGGCAUGUUGACCCUUGACCUCAUACAGGAAGAAGACGUCUCCACUCCCGAUGGUUGCGAAAACAACCUCGACAAAUCCGACUCGAAGCGAACCCCAGAUUCCCAGUGCUCCAAAAUGGACACCUCAAAGCUCUCGAUCAGUAAGGAGACGCCUGGAAAAUCCCAGAGUCUGCCCCGUAAGAAUGAGAUCUCCUGGGACUGGUCUGAAAACCAGGCACAGACGCCGCAGCUUCACAAGAAAAAGUCGGAAAAAAACCGCUGCGCAUCCAUGGACGAGAUCCUCACCCAUUCUGAGACGCGGGCCAUCCCCCACUGCUCGACUUCGGCACCCGUGCAGCCCGUCAGUCAGCUGCAGGACUUGAUCACCCAGAAGCUUGAGAGAACUCAAGAGCUGCUGACUGAAGUACGGGCGCAGGGUAAGGGGAAGGGCUCGCCGAGCGGGAAGAGCUCAAGCCCAGAGGGUAAGCGGUUAGAGGCGGAGCGACUGCUGGAGGAGGCGGCCUCCACCUGGGGACAGGCACGCGACGUGCUGGAGGAAGUGAAGGAACUUAGGGCUCUCUACAAGCAGCUUGACUCCGCCUCUCCGACCUCACUUAGUCCAUCACAGAAUGGAAAACUAAACGGCCCUCAACAGACAAAUCACAGGAAAAGCAUGAUGUGAGGACAUGGACGUAUCUUCGAACGCAUACAGUAAAACUGAACGUUCUCAACUCAAAGCAUCUUUUUUUUACUAGACUCUUCCUCUUUUGUUAUUGCUGGAAUUAACUAUAAUGAUUAACAUGAGCUAUACUGUAUAUAUAAAUGUAUGUAAGCAUCGUUAAAGAGCAAAUCUAGUUUCUUCCACUCCCUAAAUAUCAGCUUCAAACAAAAGAGGCCUGGUGGUUUUCCAAACACAAGCUGUUGUGUUGUCCCCCGCGCUAUCAGUUUUCACAGGGACACUCACAGCGUGGAGGCACCGCGAGGGGCCCGUCAGGGUAAAACAGGGUGAGAAACACCAGACGGUGAUGUUGCUGUUCAAGCCGGUGUCAUCACCACCAGCCUAUCACAAUGUGAAUGUUUCAACAUACACUGGAGGAGCUCCGAAAUGGUUGUAGACCCCUCAGGUCUGUUGUACUCACUGUACUGUAGUAAUAAUAAUUUCCCAGCACACUUUCCACUUUCCAAACUCAUAAUAAGAUGCAAUCAGGGUGUAGCCGAAUGCGUUACGGCUAAUUCUCAAGCGGUCCGGCAGAGCUCUGCGUCCCAUCCGAUGGACUCUAUCUAAAGCCAUUUGUACUUGUAUGAACGUGAAUACAUGUGACGUCUGGUGCCAGUGUUGCUGUGGAUGGUGAUGGGAGACACAGCUGCCAUUGACGAGACAUGCAGUAGUGGCUGGGGGCAUCUAGCUGCAAGGAAACGAUUAAUAAUAAUUACACAUUUGCACUAUGGAGGAUGCUGUAAAACGAGAGUGACGCUGGCAAGCUAUCUUUUCAAACCUAAGAGGCAGAACAGACAAUCUACUGUGUGAAGAGGAAAUAUGGGUUGUGUAGCUCCAAGUCUUUACACCUAAGUGGUAUUUUCUUAUAAACCAUUUAAAAUACAAAACCUGCCUUAGUGUAUUUUCAAAGGGCACAUGCAUAUUGCAUUUCAAACUCUCGAAGACUCUGCUUGUGUUUCAAUUACAAGUUGCCUGCGCCUCAAGAAACGUCAGCAGAGAUGCUUUAUAGCAAGAGUUUAUUUUGCUUGCGCUUUGCUUUUGUAGAAUUUGUGUCUUUGGGGAACUAUGCAAGAUUGCAUGGGUGAAUCUCAUGAAAUUGCAUGUGUUAGAUUUCACAUAAAAGAAAGGAAUUAUAUUUUGCUUUAAACAACUUAAACUUGCUUUAGAGGUAGCAAGAUUUGAAAGUAAUGUAAAUGGAUCUUGUUGCAUUUUAAAGUUUUUUUUGAAAAUGGGCUUAUUUUCCAGCUCCCCUAGAGUUAAACAUUUGAUUUUUACCAUUUUGUAAUCCAUUCAGCUAAUCUCCUUUGCUGCCGUACCAUGGCUUUAGUUAUUUUUUAGUGUGAUGCUAAUGGUCUAAUCAGAUUCAAUGUAUUAUGCUAAGCUAUGAUAAAAGGGAUACCGCCAGACCCAGAGAUCAGCUGAAUGGAUUCCAAAACGGUAAAAAUAAAAUGUUUAACUCUAGGGGAGCUGGAAAAUGAGCAUAUUUUCAAAAAAAGUGGAGUGUCUCUUAAAAUAUUGCUUAAAGGUGCAGUGUGUAGAUUUUAGGGGCACCUAGCGAAAAAGGGUGCGAAUUGAAACCAUUGGCUCAGUUCACCACUUACCCCUCCCCUUUUGGAACAAAUAGAUACAGUAGCCACCACAGGACAUACAUGUCGUAAUCAGAGAUGCACUGUGUAGAGCAGUUUGUCUGUUUUGGGCUACUGUAGAAACAUGGGGGCGCAAAAUGGCGACUUCCAUUUAAGGGGACCGGCAAUGUAUAAAGAUAAAAAAGGCUCAUUCUAAUUCUAAUAAAAACAAAACGUUUCAUUAUUUAAGGCUUUUAUACACCGCUGCAAAUAUAGUUAGGUAUAUUAUAUUGCAUUUUUGUCAAUAAGUCCUCCUAAAAUUUACACACUGCACCUUUAAAUAGUAAGCAAAGUAAGUUUUUAAUACAAAGUACAAUUUUUCUUGGAGGUGAAAUGUGACCCAUCUUCAUGAGAUUCACCUGCACAUGGAAAUAUAACCUACGUGUAUUAGGAUUUACUGGCAGUGUGCAGUAUGGUAUACAGUUUUAACAACCAAAGGGUAUGUCUUGCCAGUAUACCACACCUUGUUUUACAGUUAGUAGCUUAAAUAAUGUGUUUGCACAAUGAAAUGGGUACAGGUCAACCUGUUCUGUCAUUGAGACUUGAUUAUAAACAGUGUUAUAUUUUUUGUACGUUAUUGUAAAGUGCUUUUUUGUAGAGAAAGACUUGGAGGAAAGUUUUUGCUUUUAAAAUGUUCGACUGAGUAACCACUACCCCGAGAGACAACCUUCUGGAAUAAUGUCGGAAUUAUGGAAAUUUCAUUUCCGAAAGUAACAAAGCACAACGCCUACGACAUAGCCUCCGUAUAGCUUUUUUAAGAAAUACAGGUAAAUGAUUCACAAUGUUAUUUUCAGAGUCGCCACACAGAUGCCAAAGGUUUUCUGUAUCUCAUACACUCCAAUGUUGUGUGAUCAUUUCAUGCUUAAUCAGAUGAAUUGGUUUGUUUCUUUUAUCUGAUAUUUUUACGGAGAUGAAUGUAAUUACCCGAGCAUCUGUCAGGUGCUGGCAUUCAUCGUUCAGACCGACCGUGAUCAGCAGGGUUCAUAUUAGAUCAAAACCAAUCCCAUAGGUCCAAUCAUGCAGGACACCCAGCAUCCAUGACAGUCAUCAAUUUAGUCUUUUACGACUAUGUUUACUCUAUGUUGACAUCAGAAACCAUGUGACCGCUUAAAGCUGAUGUUUGUUCAUGCUGUUUGAACUAUUUAUGUACGCCAUAUGUUUGUUCACCUGUUGUUGCUAUUCUUCUGCACUUCUGCAGACCUUUGAUAAAAUGUGAAUCUAUAACAAUGUC